AUGAGGGAGGAACUCAGCCCGCUUACACCUCGGGAAGCCUGCAAGGUUGCAACGCCGCAGGAGGUUGUGUCAAAGCCAACGAUCCCGAAGGAGGCAUCGAAGGCUGCAACACCGAGGGACACUACCAACGUCCAAGGAGGCCUCCCGGAGCCCCCCGAGGUGUCGAAGGUGCUGACUCGCCUGUGCUGCACGUCGCCGUAUCCCGUGCAUGCCGUCCAUCCGUCCUCGCCUAUCUCCCAGCUGCUUGCCCUCCCUCGCCAUCUGCUCGCUUCCGUCCUCCCGCUCGCCUCCCCCGCCACCCGCUCGCUCCCGUCUGCGCCCGCCAUCUACUCGUCCUCGCCUGUCUCCUAG